AUGGCUCGUCUCGGACGCGGCGGGUUCCUGAUCCUCGCCGCGGUCUUUCACUUCGUGUACAUCUGGUCAAUCUUCGACAUCUACUUCGUCAGUCCCAUUGUCCAUGGCAUGACCGCCCACCGCGUCGAGCAUGUCAACGGUAAAGCACCCGCCAAGCGCCUCGUGCUCUACGUCGGCGACGGUCUGCGCGCCGACAAGGCAUUCCAGUCGUUUCCCGACCCGAGUCCUCCCAACGAUCCACCGACCGCCGACGAUCUGACGCCACGACCACUCGCGCCUUUCAUUCGUUCGAGAGUGCUCGAGCACGGUACGUUUGGCAUGAGUCACACGCGUGUGCCGACUGAAUCACGACCUGGCCAUGUGGCUCUGAUCGCAGGCCUCUACGAGGAUGUCUCCGCUGUCACGACCGGGUGGAAGAACAACCCAGUCGACUUCGACUCCGUCUUCAACCGUUCACGCCACACGUGGUCAUGGGGCUCGCCGGACAUCCUGCCUAUGUUCUCCGACGGCGCCGUGCCUGGUCGGGUCGAUGCCGAUCACUACCCGCCUGAGUUCGAAGACUUCUCGUCUGAUGCCACGGCGCUGGAUAUCUGGGUAUUUGACAAAGUCAAGGCGAUGUUCGCCGAGGCCAAGACGAAUAAGACGCUGGAUGCUAUGUUGCGGGAGGAGCAGGUUGUCUUCUUUUUGCAUUUGUUGGGGCUCGAUACAACGGGACAUGGGUUCAGGCCGUAUAGUAAAGAGUAUUUGCAUAAUAUCAAAGUGGUGGAUCAGGGCGUUGAGGAGAUCACGAAGCUGAUGGAAGACUUCUACGGUGAUGAUGGUGAGACAGCAUAUGUCUUCACUGCUGAUCAUGGCAUGAGUGACUUCGGGAGUCAUGGCGAUGGGCAUCCGAAUAACACCCGCACGCCUUUGGUGGUUUGGGGCAGUGGCGUGGCGAAGCCCAGCUUGUACAAAGACAGAGAUGCGCCGGGCCAUGAGGAUGGCGUGAGUCACGAUUGGGGUCUGGACACGGUGCAGCGGCACGAUGUGAAUCAGGCGGAUGUCGCUGCACUCAUGGCGUAUCUUGUCGGACUGGAGUUUCCUGUCAACUCGGUCGGCGAGCUGCCGCUGAGCUACUUGGCGGCGUCGGAUCAAGAGAAGGCAGUAGCGGCACUGGUCAACACGAAGCAAGUGCUCGAGAUGUAUAAUGUCAAAGAGGAGGAGAAGAAGGCCACGGCAAUGCAGUACCGACCCUACACUGGCUUUGCGAAAGUCAACGCAACAGCAGCUGAUCGCGUCGCCGAGAUCGAGCGCAGUAUUUCUGCUGGUAGGCAUCAGGACGCCAUCAAGUUGUCUUCGAUCCUAUUCCAGGACAUCCUACAAGGGCUUCGCUACCUACAGACCUACGACUGGCUCUUCCUGCGCGCCAUCAUCACCCUUGGCUACCUUGGCUGGAUCGCCUAUGCCUUCACCACCGUCAUCGACCUUCACGUCACCCAGGGCAGCGCCGUCCCGCACCGCAACUUCGCGACCAUUGCAGCAUUUUCAUCCAUUCUUGUACUACUAUACGCAUCAUUCGUCGUCGACCGCUCACCAUUCAUGUACUACCUUUACGCGUUCUUCCCCGUCUUCUUCUGGGAGGAGGUCUUCGCCCGCCGCAAGGGCUGUCUUUCUGGCAUCAAAAAUCUAUUCAGCGAUAUGAAGGAUUCUUCCGACUACUUUACGUUUGCGAUUCAAGCAGCCAUUUUCAUCGGCGUUAUCCAAGCGAUGGUGCAAUCAUAUUUCCAUCGCGGCAUUUUCACGGUCAUCUACGGCUUGGCAGCGUUCUGGCCGAGUCUGUAUGGACAGGAGUUUGUGAAGCAAAAUUCGAACACUUUACUGGCGUGGGCGGCUGGCUGUAUCACCCUGAGCACUUUUACGAUGUUGCCAGUGUUGAAAAUUGAGGAUGCCAAUACUAUCACAUAUGGAGGUAUACUCAUGCUGCUGGCCGGCUGUGGGUAUUUGUACUUCGAGCAUACGAUCACAUCGCAGUCAAGGUCGAGCAAGACGGCGGGAAUGCAGACCAGUGCACUCAGCAGGACGAUCAUGGGUGCACAGGUCGGCGUUAUCCUCCUGACGAUCAUCGUCACACGUUCGAGCGUGCUGAGCUUACAGGCAAAGAAGGGUCUGCCGUUGGGAAACCAAGUGCUGGGAUUCUUCUGUCUCAUCAGCUCAAUCGUCCUGCCAUUUGUGCAUCGACUGGCUCCCAACAACCAUUACCUCCACCGGCUGAUGGUCAUCUUCUUGACCUUUGCGCCUUGCUUCAUCCUCCUCACCUUGUCAUACGAGGGACUAUUCUACUUUGCCUUUGGCGCGCUCUUGCUCACCUGGGUCCGGCUCGAGCACGCGAUCUACAUGUUCCACUCCACGCCUCACAAGGACACAACGCCAACAAAGAAGACAAAAUCCAAUGGCACCGCCGUCCCACCCACAGCCAUCACCAUCAACUCCACCUCCGCCGCAAAUACAGACCUCAUCCCGCGCAAAACCCACCGCACACUUACCCUCGCCGAUCUCCGCACCUCCCUCUUCUUCUACGUCCUCCUGCAAUCCGCCUUCUUCUCCACCGGAAACAUCGCUUCCGUCUCCGCUUUCAGUCUCGACGCCGUCAACCGCCUCAUCCCUGUCUUCGACCCCUUCUCUCAAGCAGCUCUCCUAAUCUACAAGAUCCUCGUACCAUUCGCACUUAUCUCCGCCGCACUAGGGAUCUUGAACAGGAGGGUAGGAUUACAAAGCUCGGCGCUAUUCAUGGUGGUCAUGGCGUUUAGCGAUCUGAUGACGGUGGAGUUCUUUUGGGUGGUAAGGGAUGAGGGGAGUUGGCUGGAGAUUGGGACGACGAUCAGUCAUUUUGUGAUUGCGAGCUUAAUUGGGGUGUUUGUGGCCGGGUUGGAGGGGGUUAGCGAGGCUUUGAUUGCGGGGGUGGAGGUUGAUGAUAUUGGUGGAUUUGAAUCAGAGGCCAGGAGAGAAGGCGGCGUUGAGGUCGUUGGAAACGGGGUCGCUCAAAAGGAACAGGCUAGGUAG